GCUUUCCCCGACUGCCUGUCAAGCUUCGGAGGCAGCACAUGAAACGGCCGGUGAGAGCAGGAGGGCGUGCACUUGCGGCUCGGUCGAUCGGCAGGUGGGAUCGCCAGACAGGAGCCAUGCUGCUGCUCAGGAGGUAGUUCGUGGAUUCCCGACCGCUGCCCUCGCUCGCUCGAUUGGUCCGCAAGGCUUGUCGGAGCUCGUCAGGCGGGAGGGAUCGGAAUCAUGACGGGCGCCCCGAUGGAAGCGUUCUCCAAGAGGUACCAGAGUUUCAAGAAGAAGGAGGCGCCCGCCAUUCAGAAGGACGAGAUCGAGAAGGUGUUCAACUUCUUCGAUGAGAACAAGGACGGGCUCAUCUCCAAGGACGAUCUGCGUCACUUCAUGCACAAAUUGGGCUUCCAGACGACGGAGGAUGAGAUCGAUUCCAUGGUCAGCUCGGUGGACAUCAACGGCGAUGGCUCCGUCGACUUCAUGGAAUUCGCCAACCUCUACGAGGCCCUCGUGUCCGAGGAGGUCAUGCAGGGCAAGGACCUGUACGAGGAGGAGGAUCUGAGAGAGGCCUUCAACGUGUUCGACACGGACGACGACGGCUUCAUCUCCCCCCAGGAACUGCAGGCCGUUCUGGUCAAGCUGGGCAUGACCGAGGGCACCAGCUUGGACAACUGCCAGAAGAUGAUCCAGAACGUCGACGUCGACGGCAACGGGCAAGUGGACUUCUCCGAGUUCAAGAAGCUCAUGACCGCCGACUUCGGCCGGGGCUAAAUCCUCCCUCUCUCGCCCUCUCCCGAUUUCAGUUUCAAUUUCACUGCACACCGUGUAACAUUGACUACUCAUUCAAUUCCAACCAUGACAUUUGAGAGCUGCGUCGCCUACCUCCAAAGUGUGCUUGAUUGAAUUCACCACGGUCGGGACCAGCUCGUAUUUCACGUUAUCGAUCGGCACGUUGUGCCCGUAAGCUCCGAAGUAAUCGUUGCCCCCGAUGGAAAUCACGUACAGAGCGUUCUGAAAUAUCGACGGAUCUGGCAGAGAUCCGGUUCCUGCAGUGAUAGUUUUGCCAACCACAUCGCCGGAUUAAUCACCGGAUGCAGAAAUGUGUGCAUACAGUGCGCAUUAGCAUCGUCGCAGAGCAGCUCUGGCGACCUCAGUAGCCAUCACUCAAUCAAUCAGUCAUGCGUUUAGCGACAGACAGUUUCCGCGUGUACAGUCUAGACAAUGCUCGUCGGGCGAAUGAUCGUAUGUCUAGAUGCAUUUUCAGACACUUCAGUUUUCACUUCUUGUAAACCUGUUCUGCUCGUGAUAGCAGCUCGCAAGGCUUUCACAGGCCGAAUGGAACAAAACACUCGGUAUUCUAUUUCGGA